AUGGACCAGAAUGAAGCUGGAGGUGGUGGGGGCUAUGGGGGAGAUCCGAGCGAGCAGUUCCACAGGAACGAGGCGAUCUCCGCAGUGGCGGACGAGGGUUUCCUCGGCGAGGAGGACGAUGACUAUGAGGAUCUCUACAACGACGUUAAUGUUGGUGAGAACUUUCUGCAGUCGCUUCGUAGGAACGAGGAUAACUUAGGGCAGAGGAAUGAGGAAGUGCAGGAGAACAAGGCGAAGCUUAACCCGCCUCCUCCGCCGCCAUCGCAGCAGCAGCCGGUGGUGGAGAGUGGGGGUGUGGCUUUUCAAGAUGAGGGGGCUUCGUCCCGGGUUCCUGGUAGAGUAGAGGGGUAUCAGAAUGUGGGAUUUAGAGGAAAUAAUAACGCAAAUGAUCUUGGAGUCGGUAGAGGGGCGGGAACACCAGGUAGUGGUGGUAAUGGAUUUAGGGUUGAGCUAGGGCAGUCAUCAAACAAAGUGCCUGAUUUGGAAGACCGGACAGUGAGCAAUAGUGUGCCAAAUAAUCAACAAAUGGUUCACCAUCAGCAGCCACAUGCUGCUAAUAUAGGAAAUCUUGAGAAUGCUAGGAUUGCAGGCAAUCUGAAUGGGACUGGUGGGAAUGUGUAUGGAGGUGAUGGUGUAGGUGGAGGAGCUGGUGGUGGAGGUGAUGGUGCAGUUGGUGUUGGUGUUGGUGGUGGUGGUGGUGGUGGUGGCGGUGGGGGUGGAGGUGGCGGUGGUGGUGGAGGAGGAGGUGGAGGGACAAUUCUUUUUGUCGGGGACCUGCAUUGGUGGACAACAGAUGCUGAGCUAGAGUUGGAAUUAUGCAAGUAUGGGCCAGUGAAGGAGGUGAAGUUCUUUGAUGAGAGAGCUAGUGGGAAGUCAAAAGGUUACUGUCAGGUUGAGUUUUACGAUCCUGCAGCUGCCACUGCCUGCAAGGAAGGGAUGAAUGGACAUAUAUUUAAUGGACGACCCUGUGUAGUUGCAUAUGCUUCGCCCUAUACUGUUAAGAGAAUGGGUGAAGCUCAGGUCAACAGAAACCAACAGCAGAUGGGCUCCACAGCUGUUAAUCAACAAAGGAGAGGGCCUGGAGAUUUGGCUGGUAAACCCAGUGGCGUUGGUGGCAAUAUAGCCGCUGGUGGGAAUCAUCAGGGUGCUGGUGAUAAUAAUGGUAGAGGCUUUGGGAGGGGAAAUUGGGGUAGAGGCAAUUCUCAAGGAGGGAUGGGAAACAGGGGGCCAGUUGGCCCCAUGAGGAACAGAGCUGGUGGGAUGGGGGUUCGUGGCAUAACUGGUAAUGGUAAUGGUUUUGGACAGGGGAUUGGUGCCGCCCCGCCUUUAUUGCAUCCUCAAGCAAUGAUGGGCCAAGGUUUUGAUCCUGCUUUUGGAGGCCCAAUGGGGAGAAUGGGUGGUUAUGGGGGAUUUCCUGGUGCUCCUGCUGCCCCUUUCUCAGGAAUUUUACCUUCAUUUGGACCUGUUGGAAAUGUUGGGUUGCCUGGUGUAGCCCCACAUAUCCUAAUAUGGGAGGAUGGGCAGGUGAUGAACAUGGAGGGAGAGCAGGAGAGUCUAGUUAUGGGGAAGAAGCUGCAUCAGAGCAUCAGUAUGGGGAAGGGAGUCAAGAAAGAGGGCCAUGGCCAAAUGCCUUGA